GGAAAUGGGGAAAGUGGAGCGCGCCAAGAUUUUGCCGGCUAGGGUUUCCCCUCCUCCUUCCUCUUCUCUACCGCCGUUCGUCUCACCGGCCAGCAGCAGCAGCAGCGCGAGGAUCCAUGGCGGGGGAGGCCAAGGAGCCGGAGGCGGCCGCCCAGGGCGAGGGGUCCAAGCCCAAGACCAAGGCCAAGAAGCCUAAGGCUGCGGCCGCGGCCGCCGAGGAGGGGGAGGGGGCCAAGGCCAACAAGGCCAAGAAGCCUAAGCCCGCGGCUGCGGCUGCCGAGGAGGGGGAGGGGUCCAAGGCCAAGAAGCCUGCGGCCGCGUCGGUGCCGGCGAUGGCGGAGGCGGAGGUGGAGGAGCUGCCCAAGGCCAUCGUGCGGCGGCUGGUCAAGGACAAGCUGGCCCGGGCCGCGUCCGGCGGCGAGGGGGCAGAGGGAGGGGCCGAGGUGAUUGUGAACAAGGACGCCAUGGCCGCCUUCGCCGAGAGCGCCCGCAUCUUCAUCCACUACCUCUCCGCCACGGCCAAUGAUGUGUGCAAGGACGGAAAGAGGCAGACGAUCAACGCCGAGGACGUCUUCAAGGCGCUCGAUGAGAUUGAGUUCCCCGAGUUUGUGGAGCCCCUGAGGACUGCUCUGGAAGAGUUCAGAAGCAGAAACGCAGCCCGGAAGCCAGCAUCAGGCAAAAAGCAAUCCGAAAAGAAGAGGAAACUGGAUAAAGAGGCAGUGCCCGAAGAGCAAAAUGGUGCAGCCGAUGAAGCCAAUGCGGGGGAGGAUUAGUUUUUCUGACCUUAUGAUAGGCUGAAUCUGAAUCACAUUAGCAGUAUACUGUCCCUUGUGCUCUCUUUCGUGAUGUCUCUAGAUGCAGAACUGCUGUGUACUUGGUAUCAUGAUGUAUGCAGUGACUCAUGUUUUCGUCCCAAACAUCGUCAGCUAUGCUAGCUCAAAUUAGAAACCUCUUCUUGGUGCUAUUUAAAUUACCACCUUUGGUGAAA